AUGAAGGUUGCACCUGUUUUUGCGUCUACGGCUGGCCUCCUGGCCUCUGUGGCUGCUGCUGUUACAGUUCCGUCCAGUUCCCGAGACCUGAUCGAGGAUGAGAUAACGGUCAAAACUGUCAUUGCCGACAUCACGGACCUGUUUCAGUUUCGCCUACAGCUAAACGCUACGAAAUCAAACUCCAGCUGCACGCCGGAUAAGAUUGUUUACCGCCGAGCAUAUGGCGCCUUAUCUAGACAUGAGAAACUCGACUACAUUGGUGCCGUCAAGUGUCUCAUGAUCUUGCCGUCUCGCACGCCGGCCAACGUUUCUUCGGGUGCCAGGUCCCGUUUUGAUGACUUUGUUGCCACUCAUAUCCAACAGACGCUAACCAUUCACUACUCCGGCAACUUUAUGGCUUGGCAUCGCUGGUUUGUAUACUCAUACGAAAAGGCAUUGCGCGAUGAGUGUGGCUAUCAAGGCUACCAGCCCUACUGGGACUGGCCGCUUUACGCCAACGCAACCGAGGACUCUCCCAUAUUUGAUGGCAGCGAUACAAGUCUCGGUGGCAACGGAGACUACUUCCCGCAUUCUGGCCGCGUUAUUACGGCCCCUGCAGGCUCUAAUGGCUCUGAUAUCCAGCUGCCGGCCGGAGAUGGCGGCGGCAACGUCACGACUGGUGCCUUUGCCAACUUGACUGUGAACCUUGGUCCCGUCGGUGGUGUCAAGGGCAUGGUCCCUGGUCCGGACGGCGGCUUGGGCUAUAACCCGCGCACAUUGACGCGUGAUAUUGCAAGCGUCAUGAACAUGGAAUACGCAAACUAUACUACUGUUCUAGACCUUCUCGGCAAAGCCAACAUUGAUACGUAUCGUGCCCUCCUCGAAGGCAUCCCGAACAACAUUGUUCUUGGGCCUCACGGCGGUAUUCACAACACGAUUGGUGGCGAUCCGAGUAGCGAUCUUUUUGCAUCCCCCGGUGACCCUGUUUUCUGGCUCCAUCACUGCCAGAUGGACCGAAUGUGGGCGCUCUGGCAAACUCUUGACCCUGCUGUCCGCCACAGUGACCUCAAGGCGGGCAACUUUGGACACAUAACCUGGAACAACAAGCCGGCAUCCCGCUACACAACGCUUGACGAUGUGAUUGAUCUGGGAUAUGCUGCGCCAUCCACUACAAUCAGAAACGUUAUGGACACGACUUCGGGGCCGUUUUGUUACUAUUACCUCUGA